GUCGUAACAAUGCAGUGUUUGGAUCUCAGGUGUAUUAUCCUAUUGUUUUCGCACAGUUUUCCCCUGACAUGGUUCACGAUUAUACACCAGCAGGGUAUGACAAAGACCCACUGGCAAUAAAUAAAUACACUGGUCAUUGGGUGCACUAUGGCUAUGGUAUGAUGUGUGUAUAUAAACAGGACUAUGCAGCAGUCGGGGGAUACAACCUAACUAUACAGGGUUGGGGAGGAGAGGAUGUAGAUAUAUUUUUACAGCAUACAAAAAGUCAUCUGAGAGUAUUCAGAGCGAUGGAUCCAGGUCUUAUACAUAUAUACCACAAAAAACACUGCAGGAGUUCUCUCAGUGCAAAACAGUAUAAAAUGUGCACUGAUUCUAACUCAGAGGGCCUCGGAAAUGUGUCGCAACUUUUCCGACACAUUAUGAACUUAACAGAACGAUUUAAUGAGGAG